AUGCCUCCCCCGGAUGGGGAGGGCGUGGAAGGGACGUUAAAUAAUGCCCUAAAUGACUCUGGUGGUAGUGACAAUACAAUGGAAAUACCCGAAAAUUACGGAAAUAAUGUUGCACCAACAAAACAACCAGAUAACGAUCAACCCAAAAAAAUGUUUAAUAUAUUUUCGGAUAAGUACAAUAUUAAAUUUAUUUACGUUAUGAUAGAAAGCACUGAGUCAGAAAACUUUGGUAGAAUACAUCCUUUAAAAGAUGCUAAUGACUUAUUAAGUAAUAGUGCCUUAAAAGCAGAAAAAUUGCGAGCCUUUAUUCCCAAUCAUAUACUCGAAUCCAAAGGUAUUAUAAGGGGUGUCGAUACAUUUUUUAGUGAAGAAUAUAUUUCAACUAAUAUUAAAUCAUCUUCUCGCUUAAUUAGUGUCAAACGUAUGGAAAAAAAUGUAACCGAUAAAGAUGGGCAGUCAAUAAAAGUCAAAAAACAAAUGGUUCUUUUAACCUUUGAAGAACCUAUGUUUCCCUUUACUUUUGGUCCCUCUACCGCCUUAGCACCGAAUACACUUAGUAAUCAAGAUAUUUUAGAAAAGGAAAAAAAUAAUCUUAUAAAUAGUAUAUCAGGUUAUGUAAUAAGUUUACUUGGAAAAAUUAAAACAAUAGAAGAUAUUAAAAAUAUUAAAUUAGAUAGCCUUAAAACAGAAAUGGUUGAACUUAUUGUAACUUCCACUUAUAACUCGUAA